GGUCAGUUUUGUGCCGGUGAGGUGGGCUGUGUGCGGGCCGGGCCGGGUGAACUGCCAGCUGGGUGAAUGUCGUGAACAGUCGCUGUGUUUGGCUCCAGUCUCUCUCUCUGCGUCCAGUAACUGGAUGGAGGUUUUGUCUUGUCUGAUCGGUGGAAGUGGAAUAAAACCGCAAGAGAGGAACCGAUGAAAUACCAACUAAACAAAAACAGGAUGUAAACAACCGCGGACUAGAAUGACAAGUGGAACAAAAGAGGCUUCUUCUUCUUGUGUUUCUCCUCCGAUUCUCAGCGGACUGGACUAACCGGGGCAGCUAAACCGGCUAACAUUAGCCGAGUUAACGCUAAGCUACAUUACGGGUAUAACUAGCUCUAAAAAAAACAAACUCCUUGUUUUUUUAAACAAAAAAACUAAAUGGAUCACGUGCACUCGGGACUUUACAUCUAACAUUACAACAGGACCACAGUCCGCGAUGCAACAUUGACCUUCUAGCAUCCUCUCUGAGUGGAUCCCGGUGACGUUGGCUCGCCAUGGCAGCAGUGGUGAGCUACUCUCCACCAUGGUGGGUGAACGUUCUGCACAGACUUCCACAUUUCAACCUCAUGUUCGAGCGAACGAGCAGUGAUUUCCGACCGGAGGACUGGACGUAUCAACAGUCCAUCCUGUUACUGGGAGGUGUGGCGCUGGCCUGUCUGGCCCUGGACCUCCUGUUCCUGCUCUUCUACUCCAUUUGUCUGUGCUGCCGGCGGAGCAAAAACGAGGAUCGGCCCAACGCCGACUGCUGCUGCACGGCGUGGUGCGUCAUCAUCGCAACGCUCGUCUGCAGCGCUGGCAUUGCUGUCGGUUUCUAUGGGAACGGCGAGACCUGCGAUGGAGUGAACCGGCUGACGUAUUCCCUGCGCCACGCUAACCGCACAAUCACUGGAGUGGAGACGCUGGUAUACGACAGCACAUCCUCACUGAACCAGACGGUAGAAAACAAUCUGCAGCAGCUCGAGGGCCAGUAUGCGGAGCACGCCGACUACCUGUCCAUCAUCCAGAAGCUGCAGGGCCAGCUGGACGAGCUGGUCGGGCAGAUGGUGGAGAUCCCCUUCUGGGAAAGAGCCGACAUCUCCCUGGAGGAGCUGGCCGUCACCAUCGAGCUGUACGACUGGUACAGGUGGCUGGGCUACAUAGGCCUGCUACUGUUCGACGUCCUCAUCUGCCUCCUGGUGCUGUUUGGCCUCAUACGCAACUCCAAGGCAACGCUCAUAGGGGUGUGCUUGUUUGGCGUAGUCGCUCUGGUGAUCAGCUGGGUCUCCCUGGGGCUGGAGCUGGCCGUCUCAGCGACCUCCAGUGACUUCUGUGCGUCUCCUGACACGUACGUGACCAAAGUGGCAGCCCAGUAUGGCGUCAUCAAUCAAGACAUCCUGCAGCACUACCUUAGUUGCAGUUUGGAACGAACGAACCCCUUCCAGCAGAAACUCUCCGGGAGCCACAAAGCGUUGGUGGAGAUGCAGGACGACGUGUCUGAACUCCUGCGCUCUGCCACCAGAGAGUACAAACAGACUCAGGGAAGUUUAGAAGAGAUCCAGGGGAUCCUGAACACCACGGAGAUCAGUCUCCAUCAGCUCACUGCCCUGGUGGACUGUCGCAGCCUGCACAUGGACUUUGUCCAGGCCAUGACGGGGCUGUGUUACGACGGACUCGAGGGCCUCAUCUACCUCGUGCUCUUCUCCUUCAUCACGGCUCUCAUGUUCAGCUCCAUUGUUUGCAGCGUGCCUCACACCUGGCACAGCAAGAGGAACGAGGAGGACAGGGAGGACGAGUCCCUGAGCCACGGGGGGAGGCAGAACCAUGACAACCUGUACCGGGUCCACAUGCCCAGCCUGUACAGCUGCGGCAGCAGCUACGGCAGCGAGACCUCCAUCCCCGCCGCCGCCCACACCGUCAGCAACGCACCCGUCACCGAGUACAUGGCUCAGAACGCCAACUUUCAGAACUCUCGCUGUGAGAACACGCCUCUGAUAGGACGAGAGUCUCCGCCGCCCUCGUACACCUCCAGCAUGCGGGCCAAGUAUCUGGCCACCGGCCGACCAGAGCCCACCAACCCUCCUCCAGCUCACCAGACCCCGCUGGACUCCUCCCGUCCGCAGCACUGACGUCUCUGAAGCCUCUCACCCAGUCAGUCUUCUUCUGUCUCACACCUCUCUCGGUCACUCCUCUACCAUCUCACGUGACUUCAAACGGAAAAACCAAAAUGUGCGGGGUUUUUUUUUUGCUGUUCAGUUGAAGCAAAACUUGAUGAAUCUCGCGCAUCAUAGUGCUCAUACUUUCUCCACAAUCCUUGGCUGAUGUUUACUAUUACGGGACUCGAUGAAUUCAUCUGCAGCUCUGAUGUGACGGAGCCUGAACCGACUUUUUAACUUGUUAUUUCUUUACACGUGAACGCACCGCGACACAUCUAACAAGGCAUUGCAGUGGACUCUGGAAGUGCUCGUAGACUAACACCGACUACUACUGGUUGUUGAUUUUGUUCUGUACUGCACGCUCUCCUUGCUGUGGGAGGGGAAAGCCUCACACAUGAAUGUGGGAGGAAUCCACUGUUGUAGACGUUGUUUCUCACUCAGCGUAGAUUAGACUCCUUUCACAGCGCUCGAGGAAUUUAAAAUGCAGCUCUAUGUUUGAAUCUCUCUCCAGUUAAAGUUACCGUACUGUAUAUUACACACACACACACACACGGGCUUGUAUUUGUGUUAAAUCCGACGUCUGGGACCAGUUUUCCUGCAGCACGUCUUGCAGGUAUGAAAUAGUUCUUUUCACAUAUACAUUGAUGAGCCACUGUUCUACAGUAAAAGACUGUAACUUGUGAAGCUGUGAACUGUAUUGUGGCACAUGCUCCCAGAGGACAAAGAAGAGCUGCAUGAUGGAAAUGCAGCAGUUUGGCAAGAAGAGUCUCAGCAGGAUGACGACGUUCAACCAAGACGAGAGGUUUUUAUACUACUGGAAGAACUUUUAAUUAUUUUUACAGCCCUUUGUAGACGACGGUGACGCAGAGGCAGAGUUGAGCGUGACGUCUUCUGCAACAUUACUCCAGACUUUUUAAGGAUAAGUUGCCUCUUCACCAGACUGCUUGUUAUUCUCUCCAUGUUCCUGUUGGGUUGUAAAGCCUCGUCUCCCUCAACAGAACUGGGAAUUGUCCCCCCCCCCACACACACACACACACACACUUGAUCUUUGCCACCAACUGCAGCAGCUUAGAGUCAGAACCUCGUCUCACGACAAUCUUAAUCCAGGUUUAUGCGACAGUUUGCAUAUGGAGAGAUAAUCUUAAUGCAUUGGCAAUGCAGCGUCUCACAAAUGUGUUUUAGCAUUUCUAACUACGUAGGUGAGAGCGCGGAUGCUGUGAAGGGAUUGAGAGAACUCUGCUCUCUCUCUCUCUACAAUCUGGAAACCUGCUGAAAUCUGGAAACCUUCCUGUUGAAACGUGACGCGAGAUGUUUGUACUCCUGCUUGCUUCUCUUAGAUGUGCAUUGUGACCAGUACAAGAGGUGACUCUGUGCCAACAAGUGCAGCACAACUCUUCUACUCUCUGAAUAUCUUCUUAAAUGUCUUAACUUGAGGCCACUUUGUAACGUUGACCACUCCUGGUUGCUCGUGUAAUCAAAUGAGACUUUUUUCCAAAUCAUUUAUGCUCUUUAAACAUUAUUACACCGACGCAGUCUGUGUUUUUGGGGUAGUGGUCAUAUUCUCUUUGUUGUUUGUACAGAUUAUAAACAUUUACAAAUGAAGGAGAAAAUAAUUUCAUUUUCAAUUUCUUAAAAAACUUAUUCCACAUUUUUAAAUAUUGUUUUUAUUUGAUUUGCUUUUAGUUUUAUGAUUUGCUUUUAGACUCUCUAGCAAGCACAAUGUGUUGCUUCAUUAAUGUGAAUACGGUCAAUAGAUUUGAAUUUUGAGUUUUUUUCACUAGAUGUCAUUUUGUUAUUUUUGUUUUAUACAUCCUUUUUAUUGCAAUCUCUGAAAUGUGUUCAUGUAAAACCUGUGGUUAUAUUGAGCUUGAAUGCUGUGUUUUAAAAUUAAACAACCUUUUAACUGUA